GGGAUCGGCGUUCAAAGAAUCCUUGAAACUGUUGAGUGAAAACAAAACAAUAACAAACAAGUAUAGUACGAAACGUAGUAACAGUACCGUUUUUGUAAGAGGUUUUUUUUUUCUUCGAAAGAAAACGAAAAUUUUGAAAAAUCUAAAUGUAUGAUGAAAGCGUUGAAGCAAUAGUCAUUGACAAUGGGUCUGAGAUGUGCAAGGCUGGAUUCGCUGGAGAUCAUGCGCCAAGGGCUGUGUUUCCACCCAUUGUUGGACGACCCAGACAUCAAGAUGUCACAAUGGUGGGCAUGGAACAAAAGGACUGCUAUGUUGGAGACGAAGCCUGGAAUAAGAAAGAAAUCCUCACCUUAAGGGACCCAAAUGAACAAAAUGGCGUGAACUGGAACGACAUGGAGAAAAUUUGGCAUCACAUCUUCUACAAUGAACUUCGUGUGGCCCCAGAGAAACACCCCGUCCUCCUCACCGAGGCCCCACUCAACCCUAAAGCCAACAGAGAAAAGAUGACACAGAUCAUGUUUGAAACCUUUAACUCUCCCGCCCUGUAUGUCGCUAUCCAGGCCGUACUAUCCCUGUACGGUACCGGUCGCACGAAUGGUAUUGUGAUUGACUCUGGACAUGAUGCAUCUCACUCAGUACCCAUUUACGAAGGUCAUGCCCUUCCUCAUGCAGUGAUGAAACUGAAUCUUGCCGGGCGUGAUCUAAUCAGUUACCUAAUGAAAAUCCUCACAGAACGUGGUUACUCCUUUACAAACACAGCUGAAAGAGAAAUCGUAAGAGACAUUAAAGAGAAAUUGUGUUAUGUUGCUUUGGACUUCGAACAGGAAAUGGCAACUGCUGCAUCUUCAUCGUCCUUGGAGAAGCUUUAUGAACUUCCCGACGGUCAGAUUAUCACCAUUGGAAACGAGCGAUUCAGGUGCCCAGAGGCCAUGUUUCAGCCAUCCUUUCUUGGAAUGGAAUCCUUAGGUAUCCACAAAAUCACAAAUGACAGUAUCAUGAAAUGUGAUGUUGAUAUGAAUAUAAAAGACUUGUACGCAAACACAGUAUUAGCAGGUGGUUCGACUAUGUACCCUGGUAUUGCUGACCGUAUGCAGAAAGAAAUCACAGCUUUAGCUCCUAGCACGAUGAAAAUUAAGAUCAUUGCCCCACCAGAGAGGAAAUACUCCAUCUGGAUCGGCGGUUCCAUCCUUGCUUCUCUCUCCACCUUCCAACAGAUGUGGAUCAGCAAAGGGGAAUAUGAGGAAUAUGGUUCAUCCAUUGUACACAAAAAAUGUUUUUAAGAAUUUUUGUUUUCAUAUUUAAAUUUAGAUUGAUUGAUUUUCACUGGAGAAUUUUUCACUCAUAUGGAGACGUCACCAUUGACGUGAAGGGCUGCAAAAUUUAGACUUUAGACUUUAAUAUAAAAAGACAUUUGGGGUACUCUGUCAUAAAAGUACUCCGAAUAGAAUCUAUGAUACUGGCAUGUUUUUUAGUGUUUCACUUAAGAUAGACUUUAGUCACAAUCUUCCUCUCAAGUUCAGUUUGCAUUUCAGUGAAAUUGGUCUGUCCAUGUGUCAGUCCAUGUUAAUAUUUUCCGGACCUUUUUCUUGAAUGGAUGCAUGUACAGCAUUGAAAUUUGAUCACAAUUUCUUUUAUAAAGAAACGUAAUUAGUGCACCGUAACCUACGUUAAGGCUAUAAGUAUAUCAAACAGUUUUCCAAACUUUUGUCGUUACAAAUACAGAUAUUUCCCUGCAAUUUAGUCUCAAGCUUCCUCUCGGAGAAAUACAAGUUCAGUCUGAAUUUCAGCUGGAUUAGUGCACCAUGAUCUUCAUAGAAUCGGUGUAUUUCAUUGUCGGGGAAAGAUGUACAUCUUAUUUUUGUUUUAUUGGUGCCAGAAAUAAUUGUCUUGUAAAAUAAAUGUAUAUCAAGUAGUGAUUUAGCCCGAAAGUAAUUAAGACCGAAUAUAUUUCAGUAUACAAAUAUGAAAUAUCAUACGAAAACUAACAUACAAAACUCAAAAUGCGUAAACAUGCUAGUACAUCGUUUUAAGAGGUCUAUUAAAGAGUUACUCCUCUGUUCACAUACAUGUAUUAAAGACAUUGUAAAACAAUUGCAUUUACUCAGUCUCAGAUGACAAUCUAGAACAUUUAUGGGCGAAUUUUUUUUACAAACUAAAAAUAGAUUCUGACUAGAGCGUUUUGGGUUUUUAGCUCACUUAAGCCAAAAGCUCUAGUGAGCUUUUCUGAUCAAAAUUUGUCCGAUAUCUGUCGUCGGCGUCGUUAUUGUAAACUUUUCACAUUUUCAUCUUCUUCUCAAGACCCACUGGGUCAAUUUCAACCAAACUUGGCACAAAGCAUCCUUGGGUAAAGGGCUUUCAAUUUUUGUUCAAAUGAAAGGCCAUGUCCCAUCAAAGAGGAGGGGGGAAAAAAAUGCAAAAUCAGGGUAGGAUUAUUUAAAAAUCUUCUUAAGAACCACUGGGCCAGAGGAGUUGACAUUUUCAUGAAAACUUCCUGACAUUGUGCAGAUUCAAUUUUGUUCAAAUCAUGGCCCCGGGGAUAGGUUGGGGCUCACAAUAGGGGGUCAAAGUUUUACAUGGGAAUAAAUAGAGAAACUCUUUUAAAAUCUUCCCAAGAACCAAUGGACCAGAAGACCUGAGAUUUACAUGAAAGCUUCCUGACAUAGUUCAGAUUCAAGUUUGUUCAAAUCAUGGCCCCGGGGGUAUUUUGGGGCCACAAUAGGGGAUCAAAGUUUUACAUAGAAAUAUAUAGGGGAAAUCUUGAAAAAUCUUCUUCUCAAGAACCAUUGGGCCAAAGAAGUUGAAAUUUAGAUGACAUCUUUCUGACAUAGUGCAGACUCAACUUUGUAAACACCAUGGCCUCCAGAAAGUGGGGGGGGGGGGGGAAUUGGGGCCACAAUAGGGACUAAGGUGUUACAUGAAAAAAAUAUGUAUUGGAAGUCUUAGAUAUGGGCCAAGGUGGCUCAGGUGAGCGAUGCGGCCCAUGGACCUCUUGUUUCAAUGUUAUCCUGAAUUGAUUAAGUUUAUGUUUGUCAAAUUGGUGUUGAAACAUCUCUGUGUUAUGUGAAUACAUACAUUUCAGUUAUGUUGUGAUCCUUUGGGCCUAGGUUGGAGCCACAAUAUGGAGUCAAUUUUUUUUAAUGGGAAUAAAGAUUGAUGAAACAAAUCUUUAAUAAAUCACAACAGCUGAACAAUGGCAGGGCCAAAGUUACUCAGGUGAGCGAUGUGGCCUAUGGGCCUCUUGGUUUUUUUUUUUUUUUGUUUUUGUUUUUUGUUACCUUGAAUUAAUCCUUUGGUAAAUAUCAUGUAGAUAUUAUUAGAGAUGUACAUUAGUCAAUUCAAACCAGUAAAUCAUGUGCACUCAAGCGUGAUAAUUGUAUUUGGUAUUGGGAAUUAUUUCAUACUAGUGAAAAAUAUUUAAAAGCCUUGAAAACAGAAUGAAUUGUAUAGAAUGUACUUGAACUUUGUAUUCUGGUAGAGUAAGCCAGGCAGUCUGAAAAAAAUAUAAAUGCGUAUUUAUGAAGUCA